GAAUAAUUUUCCACCAUGUUAUCGAACUACUUCCGGCUUGGCUAUUUUUUUCGGUUUUUGCCUAGCUGGUGAAGUAAAAGAGUGUUACUGUCUGAGAGAUUUUAGAGUUGGCUGAUAUAGAUAAAGCUUUAAAUAAAUUGCUCUGGCUUUAAUAGUAGGAGAACAUGAGUUUAAGCCUGGCGGAUGAAUGCAUAAAGAUACUAGGUAUAAUCAUAAAGAUUUUGCAAGUAUUUUACUAUUAUUGUGCAUGAUCAGCUUGUGACGCUAAGAAACCUAUGGAAUAAAAAUUCAUAGAUGUUGAAAAUGUUCACUUCAAAUAAUGUUUUGCAAACUAAGUUAUGUCUUUGCAUCUGAUAAUUAUAUGAUUCUUGACGAUUAAUAAGAUUCUCCUCGAAGAAAUAGUCAUAGUCGGAGCCCUUCAAGUGAACAGCAACAUAGAAAGCGUAGCCGCUCAGAAAACUCGUCUAGAUCCAUUUCACCUUGUCGAUCGCAAUCGUCUUCACCUAGCUAUGGAGGAAGAAGAAGAUCAAGAUCGAGGUCACCUCGUGAUCGGCAUCACGACGAUAAACGAAUGCGACGUACAACGAAUGAUACUAAUAGCAAUGAUCCAAAAGAUUUAGUUAGUAGAAUAUUUAUAGGGAAUUUAGCAACUGAUCAAUUAACAAGAGAUGACUUGGAAGAUAUAUUUAAAAAAUAUGGCUACGUUAGAGGAGUCUCUGUUCAUAAGGGAUUUGGUUUUGUCCAGUAUAACAAUGAAGGAGAUGCAAGAGCCGCCGUUGACGGUGAAACAGGAAAAUAUAUAAAGGGUGCAAAAAUUGAUGUUUGUAUAGUAAUUGAGGGAAAGAAAGGAUAUAGGAAAAAACAGUUCCCUAGAAAAGAUUACGAUGACUCUCAAGAACGGAAGAAUAUUGACUCUUAUUCACCCAACAUUCCAAUUAAAAUGCCACCACCUGGAUUUGAUCCAUACGCCGCUUACAGGGGAGUUCCUGUAUCAGGCCACAACCAAUCUCAACUUUUAGACUGUGAAGUUUAUUAUACAUCUCAUGAAUUAAGGCGAUAUGGUGAAUCAAUCGUCGAACGACUAUAUACUUUAGGCCUCAGAGCUGUUGCGAAAUUACUACCAGACGAUAUGUCUCCUCGUUUAGCUGUAGAGGGCGCAACGAGGCGAGGGUUAUUAUUUUGUUUAACUGUAAAAGAAGAAAAUGAAAUUCAUCAUUCGAUGACAUUAAAUAUUUGCCAAGAUUCACCUCAAGAACAUAGAAAUAUGCCAUUGGAAGCUGCACUAGGUUUAAUAUCAAGAACAUUUGACGAACAUGUCCGACGGGUAAAAGAACGAAGUGAAGGCUCUAAAUUGCCUCAAACUGUAGGUGAUUUCAUACCACCGGAUGAACAUACAAAGUAUUUAUUAAAUUUAUUAGCCGAUGAUAGAGUUUUAACAGUAGAAGAAAUAGAUAAAGUUAUGGAAUAUUUACAAGAACGUAGGGCAAGAUUGGUAGCUAAAAAUGGAGGUAUCGAAUCAAAAUCUGCUCUACAUCUACAACAACAUAUUUCAAGUCUAUUCAACAAUGCUGCUGUAAAUAUGCAUCACAUUCCUCAACCGGUUAACACAAAUAUGGAAAAUGCUAAUGUGCAAAAAGCUUUAGAUAAUCUUAUGUCAACUGGACCGAAUAUUUUACGUAAUAUGACUCAAACUCAAUCGUACGCCACGUACGGUAAUUCAGCGCCACAUUAUUAAAAAAUAAAUUAAAUAGUGAAAGUUAACUAUUUAACAAACUUUGUUACAGGCUAUAUCUCUAUGUUUUUUUUUUAUCUGGUACUAUAAAUGUUAAGUGAUUUAUUGUAUAGUUUAAGCAAAAAUGAUUAUCUCUUCUGCUAAAGAGAUAUGUGUAUUUGUUCACAUCUGUAAAUAAUUUAAAUCUAUCAUCUUAUUUAUUCUAUCCUGGUUACUAUGAAUGUAAUGUUUUAUUAGUUUGAAUAGCUAUAUCGAGAGUUUGUACAAAAAGAGGACCAUAAAAAAAACAGAAAAAAGAGAACAUGAUUUUUUUUGGCCAGUCUUGUAAACUCUGAAGAGAAAUACAGCAAUGUUAACAUCUCAAAUACGAAAUAUUACAUUUAUUUCAUAACUAAAUUAUUUAUAUUAAAAUAAAAACAAACAUUUAUUUAUAGGUAGUGUAAAACCAAGCAGCAGUAUAAUUGAAAUUACUAUAUAUGGAACAUUAAUAUAUAUUUAUAUAUAUGUAUGACCAAUUAAUAUAACUGCUACGUUAAAUAACUAAAUAUAAAAUCUUGAUAUUUUAUAUAUGUAUAAGUUGUUUUCCUUAGAAAUGUGCUAUGUGUAGAAAAAUGUAAAACAAUGUCAAGUUCUG